AUGUCGCCCUCCGUUCUCAUGGACACCUCGGACGAUUUCGUCAUGCCUUCAUCCAAGGCCCCGCAGUCGUCGCACCGCACCCUCCUCCUUUCGCCUCCGUCGCUGUCGUCGCAUCAAGAAAUACUGACCAGCCUGUUGGAAAUGCACGACCGCGCCCACACCGACCUGCAGAUGUUGGACAGACUGUCCCUCGGCCUGGUGUCACUGCCUCAGUCUACAUAUGAUGUCAUUACUAUUCUCUCCGAUGCAGAUGGCUCACGCCGCGAAAGUCAGAAUCUGAUUAGCCGAGACUUGCUGGCCUUGCUGGUCAAAGCAUUGAAGAGUGGCGGACAUUUGCGCAGCCAAGAUGGGACGUUUGGCACUGUGGAUGGUCCAGAGAAGAACGAGACCAUCCUCGCUGGUCUUUCUUUCCAGCCAGGAGUGGGGUUCGUGAAGCCCAAUUACAGCGCACAGGACUCUGUCCCCUUGAAAUUCGGCAGAAAGAAGACAUCACAGGCUGCUGGCGGUCUUGAUAACACAGUGAAUAAUGAUUCUGUGUCACUCCCAGUCAACGGCAAGCGGAAGAGCAUGGAUGAUACUCUGCCUGCAGGUGUGGGAUUUGACAAUGGAGCUGAUGACUCUGACGAUGAAUUGAUUGAUGAAGAUGCGUUGAUGGACGAUGAGGAUUUGCAGAGGCCUAUCAAAAUUCCCACUGAAUGUCAGCCCAAGGCGAAGCGACGUCGAGCAUGCAAAGACUGUACUUGCGGGCUUGCACAGAAACUGGAAGCCGAAGAUCGAGCCAAACGAGAGAAUGCGGACAAGGCAUUAAACACGAUGAAGCUACAAGCAGACGAUUUGGCCGAAGUCGAUUUUACUGUGCAAGGCAAAGUUGGAAGUUGUGGCAACUGCAGUCUUGGAGAUGCCUUCCGAUGCGACGGCUGCCCGUAUAUCGGGCUUCCUGCCUUCAAACCCGGCGAGGAGGUUCGCCUCCUAAACGACGAGAUUCAAUUAUAG